AUGUUUCCGGGCUCAGGGCCAGUUGGUACAAUCGGUGUACCCGGGUCUGCGGGUGUACAAGGUCUUGCCGGUCCUCAGGGUCCUCAAGGACAACAAGGACUCCGGGGUCCCCAGGGGCCUUUGGGAAAAACAGGCGAACUAGGACCCGAAGGCCCACGUGGACAACGAGGCGAGCGUGGCAUCCGCGGAGAGCCCGGCAGCCCAGGUCAAUUUGGGCCGACAGGAGAAAAAGGUUCCAGAGGGCCACCCGGCAAGCAGGGACCAAUUGGUAUGGAUGGACGAGUCGGUUCCGAGGGUCCUCUUGGAACGCCAGGAAAGCUCGGCGAAAUUGGGGCUGUGGGAGAAUCAGGACAAUAUGGACCCCCAGGACCUCCGGCAAGAGAAUUAUUAAUUGUGACUUUAGUAUCGGAAAAGUACUGUCAACAUUAG